AAUCAGAUGCUCUUACUAUUGCUAUUUUCCCGCUGCUGGCCGGCCUUCGAAACUUUUCCUUUUCCCAGCCCAUUUAGGUUUUAUGCAUGAAAAAUUAAAAUGAGAAACCCUAGAGAUUAAAGUUUCUUCACCCGCACGGUACUCUUCUCUCUCGUUCCACAGCUGUUUUGCAAGUUAGAGCAGCUGUUUGAAGUAAUUUGUUAUAUAUCAAAUCAAGAACCAGAUUAACGUGGAACUCUUUCUUAAUUCUGGUCUUGAUUUUCUACAUAAUCAAUGGUCGUAGUAAAGGAUUCUGGUGGUAAUAUUGCGAAGAAGAAUGUUGGGCAAAGUGGUAAAAAAAUCGAACCGAAGAGUCCGGUGCGACGUAGCCCAAGACUACAAAAAUUACAGCGAAUGGCUACUCCAAGGCUUCAAAAGACACUGGAGGAUCAAAAGCCUCUCGGUGGUUGUAAGAGAAAGAGAUUAUCUGAUGGCCUUAAAGAUCAAGUUAGCGAGAAGAUGACUGAAGCGGGGUUUGUGGAAGACAUUGUCUGUACAAGUGAUCCGAGGACAGGUCAUAACUCUGGUUGUCCUCCUCAAGUUGAUGAUUGGAAUAAAAGCGCUGCAAACGUGAAAAGGACACUUAGAAUUUUUAACAGGUUUUAUCUUCGCUUUGUUCAGGAAGAGGAUAAGAGGUGCAAGAAGCCUAAGAAUGGGAAUGCAUCUGAUGAUUCUCUUAGGAGAUGUUCAAAGCGACCUGAUUUGAAAGCAAUUUCCGAGAUGGUGAAGUCAAAUAAAAUUUUGUACCCUAAGAAAAUAGGUCAUCUACCGGGUAUUAAUGUUGGACAUCAAUUCUUUUCACGGGUUGAAAUGGUGGCCGUAGGUCUUCAUGGACUCUGGUUGAGUGGAAUUGAUUAUAUUGGAGAAUCUUGUAAAAUGAAGGAGUACAGGAACUUUACCUUGCCACUUGCUGUUUCAAUUGUCUUGUCUGGCCAAUAUGAAGAUGAUGUUGAUAAUUCUGAAGAAGUUGUGUAUACGGGUCAAGGUGGAAAUGAUUUGCUUGGAAAUAAACGUCAAAUCAAAGAUCAAGUUAUGUGUCGUGGUAAUUUGGCUCUUAAGAACAGCAUGGAUCAAGAUGUAUCUGUUCGAGUGAUCCGUGGACAUAAAUGUGCUAGUGGUAAUAUUCGCAAAGUUUACACAUAUGAUGGUUUGUACAAGGUUGAUCAUUAUUGGAAAGAGAGAGGUGUUGCUGGAUUUAUUGUUUUCAAGUACCGUUUAAAGCGAAUUGAAGGACAGCCCAAAUUGCUCACAAAUCUGGUUAGUUUUGCUCGGCAGCAAGUCUCUAGAGGUCAUUCUGAAUCAGAUGGAUUGGUGUGCAAGGACAUCUGCGGUGGUCAGGAAAAUUUAUGUAUUCCUGCUUCAAACGAAAAUGAUGUUCCUCCAGUUGCACCCUCAGGGUUUGAAUAUAUCAAGUCUAUCAAAGUUGCGCACAAUGUAACUAUGCCCCCAAAUGCUCCUGGUUGCAAUUGCAAAGGAAAAUGUACCAAUGCUGAGAAGUGUUAUUGUGCUCGACUUAAUGGCGGUGAUUUCCCAUAUGUGCGCCAAGAUGGUGGCAGAUUAGUUGAACCAAGGGAUGUUGUGUACGAAUGUGGUCCAAGAUGUGGCUGUGGACCAAAUUGUGUCAAUCGUACUUCUCAGCAGGGAAUGAAGUACCAACUUGAGGUCUAUCGCACAGAGAAUAAAGGCUGGGCAGUUAGGUCUAGGGACUUUAUUCCUUCUGGUGCACCAGUUUGUGAAUAUGUUGGAAUUCUCAGGAAAAAUUGCGAAUUAGACAGUGUCUCUGGGAAUGACUAUAUAUUUGAUAUUGAUUGCUGGCAAACAAUUAACGGGAUAGGAGGAAGAGAGAGGCGAUCAUGUGAUGCAUCUACACGUUUAAGUAAUCAUGCUAAGGAAAUAUAUGACCAGAUAUCUGAAAGUGAGCCUGAAUUUUGCAUAGAUGCAGGUGCUUCUGGCAAUGUUUCCAGAUUCAUUAAUCAUGGUUGCGAGCCUAAUCUCUUUGUUCAGUGUGUUUUGAGUUCUCACCAUGAUGUUAGACUUGCGCGAGUGAUGUUAUUUGCUGCAGAUGACAUAGUCCCUAUGCAGGAACUCACUUAUGACUAUGGAUACGAACUUGAUAGUGUUAUUGGGCCUGAUGGAAAAAUAAUCACUAUGCCAUGCUACUGUGGUGCAGGCGACUGUCGAAAGCGUUUGUACUAGGCAGACGAAUUUUCACCAUUUUAGUUAUUUAUCCCCAUCUCUGUGUAGUGCCCCCAAAGUCAAAUGUGGAUAUAUAUUACCGUCCAACAUAUAUAUAUAGUUUAGUUCUGUAUUUAAAUUUUUUAAGUACGGGACUAAUAUUUUUUCGUGGUUAUUUUCUCCCCUGCCAUUUUGGUUGGUUAUCUGAUGGCCUUUUGAGGACAUAUUACUGUAAAUGACAUGCGUUGGUCUGAAAGAAAGUUUCUACCGUUCUGCUCA